GUUGCCUCACAUUGAGAAUAGUCUGUACUCUUCUGCCAUCACGUGUACCAAAUAACCUUUUUUGUGAUUCCGCUGAGACAAAAAGGUACCCCCAACCGGAUCUCAGCUUUGCAUCCGUCAACUGUCCAAAUGGCCCAACUAAUGACUUCAUCACAACUUCGCAUGCCUCUUACUGUUCGUCGAAUACUACGGAUUUUAACCGAUCCAUACUUCCUGUCGUUAGCCAUUCCAGUCUGCGUUACAGGGACCGUAUAUGGAGUUUGGAAGCUGUACUGGCGAAGAAAACUUCCUCAACGAAUUCUAGACCAGCACACCGUACAAUACUUCAAAUUGGUCGAAAAACUCCCAGUCUCUCACAACACCGCUAUUUAUCGGUUUGCUUUACCAUCCAAGACCGCGGUCCUCGGUCUGCCAAUUGGACAACACAUUUCUCUAGUAGUGGAUGUAGAUGGAAGAAGUGUUUCAAGAAGCUAUACACCUACCAGCCAGUUUAAUACCCAAGGACAUUUCGAUCUUAUGAUCAAGUCAUACCCAACUGGAGCGGUCUCAAGUUUCGUAGCAAAGCUAGAUGUUGGCGACACUGUAGGUGUGAAAGGACCAAGAGGCGCCUUCACAUAUACACCGAGAAUGGUGAGGGAAUUAGGCAUGAUCGCAGGUGGAACAGGAAUUACCCCCAUGCUUCAGAUUAUUCGCGCUAUUCUGAGCAACCCUCAUGACCCUACGAAAGUAUCUCUCAUUUUCGCAAAUGUGACAGACGACGACAUAUUGUUACGAGAGGAGCUUGAUGAGCUGGCAAAGCGACAUGACAAUCUGAAAGUAUACUAUGUAUUGAAUAAUCCUCCCGAAGGAUGGACCGGUGGAGUGGGGUUUGUAACGAGAGAGAUGAUUGAAAGAUGGUUACCUCCGCCAGCUAAAGAUAUCAAGAUCCUACUCUGUGGGCCGCCUGCAAUGAUGAAAGCCAUGACCCUCCUCACCAAUGAAAUAGGAUAUGAGCCUACUAGACCAGUUAGCAAACUGACAGAUCAGAUAUAUUGUUUUUAGAUUGAAUACUUGUCAUAUAAUUUUGAACCUCAUGUAACGAAUAUUUUGAGAAUUUUCAUCCUCCAUCUUUUUUUUUUUUUUUUUUACGCCUGUGCUAAAAUCUUGAUAUACAGUUCGGAGUUUCGCCAUCUC